CCACAAGAUUUAGUAUUUUUAUUCCAGACUUCAACAGCUUUAUCAAUCGGACCAACACCUGUGGAGAGCUGCGUUCUGCUCAUGUGGGACAAGAGGUCACACUGUACGGAUGGGUUCAGUAUCGAAGACAAGACCUGUUUCUGGUUUUGAGGGAUUUCCAGGGCCUGACCCAGAUCCUCAUUCCACAGGAUGAGGCACAUUCCCAUGUGAAGAAGCUCUUGUCUAAUGUCCCAGUGGAGUCUGUUGUGCGAGUGACUGGAAUUGUGUCCCCUCGGCCCCCAGGGCAGGAGAAUCCGAAAAUGCCAACAGGGGAUAUCGAAGUGAAGGCGGAGACUGCAGAGAUCUUAAACUCCUGCAAGAAGCUACCUUUUGAAAUCAAGGAUUUUAUCAAGAAAUCAGAGGCUUUACGGAUGCAGUAUCGCUACUUGGACUUGCGUAGCUUCCAAUUGCAGUAUAACCUGCGGCUGAGAUCACAGAUAGUGAUGAAGAUGCGUGACUACCUGUGUAACCUUCAUGGGUUUGUGGAUGUAGAAACUCCAACACUCUUUAAAAGAACCCCAGGGGGAGCAAAAGAAUUCCUUGUGCCCUCGAGGGAAGCGGGCAAGUUCUACUGUCUGCCACAGAGUCCUCAGCAGUUCAAGCAGCUCCUUAUGGUUGGAGGCCUGGACAGGUACUUUCAGGUUGCUCGCUGCUUCCGAGAUGAAGGUUCACGGCCUGACAGGCAGCCUGAAUUCACUCAGAUAGAUAUAGAGAUGUCAUUUGUAGAUCAAGCUGGGAUCCAGAGACUGAUAGAGGGCCUCCUGCAAUAUUCCUGGCCUGAGGAAAGAGGCUCCAUUACGACUCCUUUUCCUUCCAUGACAUAUGAGGAGGCGCUGGCUGACUAUGGGACUGAUAAACCAGACACUCGCUUUGGGAUGAAGAUAGUGGAUAUCAGUGAUUUUUUACGAAGAUCAGACAUUCGGUUUGUGCAGAAUGCACUCAGUUACCCAAACGGCACUGUCAAAGCCAUUUGUAUCCCUCAGGGAGUGAGGUAUCUUAAAAAUAAAGACUUGGAGUCAUUAAAGGAGUCUGCAAAGUCCCAGUGUAACCAGGAAAUCAUGGAAAUUAUCUGCAGGCCUGAUGGAAGCUUGAAGUCUCUGCUUACAAAGUUUCUUGGUGAGAAGCAGCAGGCAGAGCUUAUCCAAGCACUGAACUUGCAGGUCGAUGAUGUGGUACUGCUGGCAGCUGGUGAACACAAGCAAGUGUGCUUUGCAUUAGGAAGCCUAAGGUUGGAGAGUGCUGACCUUCUGGAGGCAGCUGGGCUGGUGCUCCGUGAUCCUAGGACUUUUCACUUUCUGUGGGUGGUGGAUUUUCCACUUUUCCUCCCCAAGGAAGAGAAUCCCACUGAACUGGAAUCUGCUCAUCACCCCUUCACUGCCCCUCAUCCUUCAGAUACCAGCCUCCUCUAUUCUGAUCCCACAAAGGUCCGUAGCCAGCACUAUGACCUUGUGCUGAAUGGCAGUGAAGUUGGAGGUGGCUCCAUCAGAAUUCAUAGUGCAGAACAACAGCGUUUUGUGCUGGAGAAAGUGCUGAAGGAGGACUCUCAGGUGCUUUUCCAUCUGCUUGAGGCUUUGGAGUUUGGAGCUCCGCCUCAUGGAGGAAUUGCUUUAGGACUUGACAGACUGAUCUCUCUCAUUGUUGACGCUCCAAGUAUCCGCGAUGUCAUUGCUUUUCCUAAAUCCUUCAGGGGACGGGACCUGAUGGGCGAUGCUCCAGACUAUGUUACUCCUGAAGAAUUAGAGCCAUAUCACAUCCAGGUUUCCUGGCCUCUUGCAGAAAUAGAGGUAAAGAAGAACUGACUUGCAACCAGCGAUGUAAGCUGAUCUGUUCAACCAGAAGUGGUUACAGCUUCUAAAUACUGGAAUUCAGUUCAGAAAACAUCAACUGUUACGGGAGGGUGAGGAGCAGUACCAGCCUCACUGCACCAUGGCAGUUUCAGGAUGGAAUGGGGAACAGAUAUGAGGGCUCCUGAUGGGAAUUCACCUUUGAGUUGGUAAUGGGAAGGUGAAGUACAAAAGCAGAAGAAAAUAACAUUAUUUUAGCAUAGGGUAUUAAGAUUGUUGGCUUUGGGGUGUCAUACUGGA